AUGGCGUCGGUUAUUGUCGUGGACAGCGAGUUAAGCGACUCCGUCAAGGAGUACGCUGGCAUCAUUGACGCUGCCAACCAGAACACUGCGUUCACCGAUGCGGUGGUCCCGUUUUUCCCCACCAAGGGCUCGAGCGAGCCCACCAACCGCGCCGAGUUGACCAAGACGAUCUACGACUUCCUGACCCCGGAGACCUACGCCAAGUUGCUGGAUAAGGAGUACGAGGCCCUGAUGAACUUGUUGAUCCACAUCCUUAUCAAUGCUUCUCGCGACUUCAAGCUGGUGAUCGACGACAAGAACGCCCCCAUCUACAAGCUCUUAGAGGCGACCGUCCCCGCCAAGCAGCCGUCGUUGCGUGACCGUAAAGUGUUGAAGCCCACCACCAUCAUCUCGGUGCUCAACACCUUGUUCAACUUGUUGCCGGAGUCGCUGGCCACUCGGGUUGCCAUCUUGGAAUACAUUUUCACCGUCAUCGACAAGCUGCGGUUGGACUUCAGCUUGUUUGAAGAAAACAUCGGCCACAACCUCGUGCAAUGGUUGAAGGCGGCGCAAGUGCCUCAAGACGAGAUUAGCCGCGUGUUCUGGAAGUUUAUCGAAUUGGACACUAAGCACACCUUGACCCUGUUGAACAUCAUUGCCGACUUCAGCAAGCAAUUCGAGCUCGACUUGGCUCAACUCCAUAGUCUCAUCGACUUUGUCCUCGCUCUGGAGGUGGUGGAUGUGUCGUUCUUGGUCAACCAAAACGUGGCCAAGGCGAUCGCCGCCAACAAGAACGACGCCAAGGUGGCGUUAUUUGACCACUACGUGCGUGGUGAACCGGUGCAACUGACCCCUGAAGUCGUUGCCAAGUCGCGUAUCCUUCAAGUGGCCAAGUUCUUCUCGGACCACCCCGAACAAGUCGAAUACAACUACUCCGACAUCCCCGUUGCCCAAGGCGCCGAAUUGGAAGCGCUUCUUGUGCAAGCGAUCAAGGCGGGUGUGAUCGAAGGGAAGUUGGACCAGGUUCUGGAAGUGUUCUUCUUGACCCGGGCCAACAAGUUCAUCAUUGCCGGCACUGAUCACACCGCCGACUGGGCCACGGUCAAGCAGGCGUUGAGCCAGUGGAAGCAGGCGCUUACUGGGGUUAAUGAAGUGGUGAAGCUGACCCGGGAGAGCAUUGUCAACGCCAACGCGUAG